AUGACAUCAGAUGGCUCAGGCGACGGGCCUCCAAAUAUCAACCCCGAAGCAACCAUUCGCGAGGUUGGCCCUUAUGUUCUCCGGACACUGCUGGACGAGGUACCGCUAUCUGCGGACGGUGACCACGACGACAUCAAGAUCAAUUGUGUUGACUACUUAGAGGCGAACCUGUAUGUUGGCACAUCAGCUUCGGAGCUGCUUCACUUCGUCCAAAUCCCACCCGACCCAAGCGAUCGAUCCGGACAGCCCGUUUAUAUCCUUGCGUCUCGCCUGUGUCCUCAGUAUGCCGAGACACCAGGCACCCCGAACUCACGACCUGGCGUCCAACAAAUACUACUGCUGCCUCGUGUUGGGAAAGCAUGUAUCCUAUGCAAUUGGACUGUCACUUUCUACUCUUUGCCGGAGCUCAGCCCUGUCUUUGGAAACACCAUUGUCAAGAACUGCAGCUGGAUAGGUGGAAUCGACUUGAAUGAGCCCCCUCUUGAUGAUGGAAGUACGGAGAGAACUGGAGGAGUAACGAUCCUUUUGUCUCUCAUGCGCAAGAUCCAGGUAGUUCGAGUGGGAGAUGAUGCUCGCGCUUUCAAGAAAAUUGACUUUUCAGGAAGCACUUUAUCGGUACGCAGAGAUUCGAUCGCAUGCGUGGCAGACUCCAAAUCGUAUGCGCUCAUUGACGUGGACCAACAACUCAAAAUUCCUUUAAUGAGUAUCUCCUCAUUGGAAGAGACUACUUCACCUAGUGAGAUUGGACAUGCUCAGAGCAUUGGAGCAGAUACUUCAAGUGGACUCCUACGGAGUUCUUCUUCUACUGGAAACCGCACAUCCAGCGAAGCCCCAACCCAUAGCCGAAGCACAAGCUUAGGAGGCUCGAUAUUAGACAGUAUCCGCCGACAAGAUUAUCGUGGCAGUGAAAAUGAUGACUGGCUGGGUCGCCACCCUUCACCGCAGCCAUCCAUAAGCCCCCGGCCAUCUAUGGAGAGAGCCUCAACCCCAAACCCUAUGUCACUCGAUAAGCCAUUGCCUGCUGCACCAUCGCCAUCGGGCACUCCUUCACAGAUGACAGAUCCUCGACCCAAGCCUAGCUCAGUCCUUCUGAAACCUCACAUUACCUCACCAACCCCUGACGAAUUCUUACUUGUCACUGGAACUGACCCUUUGGAACCUGGAAUCGGCAUGUUUGUGAAUCUUGAUGGUGAUCCAACGCGACCCACCCUUGAGUUUACAAGAUAUCCCAGAGAAGUUGUUGUAGAUAGCCCACCUUCAGAUCCCAACUCAUCACAGCCUUCUUCAACACAGGAAGAAGAGGGAUAUGUUCUAGCGUCAAUGACUAAAGAGGUCGAAGGCAGCUUGCAACAUGGACUCGAGAUCCAACGAUUUGAUGCUGGUUCAGAACCGAAUCCCCAGAAGUAUUGGUUGACUGCUAGAGAAGCCGCUCCUGAUGGUACAUAUGGCAUUCGUUCUCUUGCUGGCAGUGAAGACACGCGGUUUGAUGAGAUCGUUCAGAAGCUGUCUCAAAGACGAUAUACUCCCUUUUCCGUCUCCAUUUCCCCUGGGACUCCCGACCCUUCGUCUACAGCCAAGACUCCUGACUCAAGGACUGCAUUAUCAAUAGAACACCUCUCAAAAGAGAAGGAACUAUUCGACAGAAACAUAGACUCACAAGACGAAGAAUCACUACCUGAAGAGUGGGAGGCGAAUCGCAAUGCUGAGGGAGAAGAGUUCGCUCGUCAACUUGCCAAAGCCCAAGCAAGAUUAGCCGUCUGGAACGGGAGCCGCAUCUGGUGGGCUAUUCGCAACCCCCUCAUUAUACAGCUUGACGCAGCUCUGGAGGCCGCAUGUGCGGGCGAUGUUUUCAAUCCUGCAGAACUAGAUCGCCAGGCCAUAUUCCACACCAUUAAUUCCAUCAGGGGCCGAGAUCCCCAGACCGAGCUAGAGUUUAUGACUUAUGGCUACAUACGACAAAAGGCUGGUAUCCUACUCCUAAUAAGCUUGCUGAAGUCGCCUGAAGACAAGCAAUUUACAGAUAAUGAAGUAAAAGCGCUUGAGGAAGUUUUGGUUGAGAGUGGUCUUGACCCUCGAGUAGUGCUUUCACUGAUCCCUAGUAUCCGAAACGAGAUAAUCGAAGGUCCACGCGGGAUAUGGAUUUAUGGAGGUGUGAGAAGAACCGCCGAUGCGUACCUCCGAAGCAGAGAGUUCCAGGUGACGUCUAAGGAUAGUGUCGGGACCCUGGAGCCGAGGACCAUGCAUUUCCUUCGUAAAUUCCUUGGGACCUGGCGGAAAAGGAAAGGCUUUGGUAGUGUUGCCGACGAACGAGAGGUGUUCCAUACCGUUGAUGCUGCUUUGCUACUCGUGCUUCUCGAGGUUGAUCAGCACUCUCCAAAGGGCAUGGGCAAAGGAGGCGUUGUGAGGUCAGAGCUAUACGAAAUCGUGGACAAGGGCGUUGACUGCUUCGACCGUGCAGUUGACCUACUUGAAUCAUACCACCGGCUUUUUGUUCUGAGUCGACUGUACCAGAGCCGCAAGCUGUCAAGCGAUGUGUUGGCCACUUGGAAACGAAUUAUCGAAGGCGAGCAAGACGUGGGCCAGGAACUUCGCGAAGGCGAACAGCGGGUUCGUGAGUAUCUGACAAAGACUUACAGCCAGGCUCUUGUUCGGGAAUAUGGCGUGUGGCUGGCAAGUCGGAAUCCCAAACUUGGUGUCCAGGUCUUUGCAGAGGAUAACGGACGAGCACCCAAGUUCGAACCAGCACAGGUUGUUUCCAUCUUGCGGGACGAAGCACCCGAUGCGGUCAAAUACUACCUCGAGCACUUGGUGUUUGGCAAGGGACAUACUACAUAUAUCAACGACCUGAUGGCGUAUUACCUUGAUGUGGUUGUGCACGACCUGGAGUCAUCUGAGGAUAGUCGGACUCUAGUCAGAGCGACAUAUGCAGCAUAUCGCGCAUUGCAAGCUCCCAAGCCUGCAUACAGCCAUUUCCUUCGGGAUAAUGCUCCGCCCGAUAAUGAGGUCUGGCACAGCCGUCUCAGGUUGCUUCAGCUUUUAGCCGAAGCAAACGAUUAUGAUGCAGCAGCAAUAAGAGAUCGAAUCUCCACUCUGCCGGAUGAUCUGCUUGUGCCUGAGACUAUUAUCCUCGCCGGCCGGGAGCGUAAACAUAAUGACGCCCUUCGUCUCCUAAUCCACAACCUGGGCGAUUACGACACUGCUGUUUCUUACUGUCUCCGAGGCGGUACGAGCAUGACAGGCGCUGCCUUAUCCGAGCGGCCUUCUUUUGAGGAACAGCGCCGCCUUUUUAACGUUGUCUUCCACGAACUCCUAUCACUCGAAGACCUCAGCGAUCGGAUUGAGCAGACUGGUGGGCUGUUGGAACGCUUUGGUGGUUGGUUCGAGAUCGACGAUGUGCUUGGUCUGAUUCCUGAUGACUGGUCUGUCGAUAUCGUCUCAGGGUUCCUUGUUGGGGCGCUUAAACGUCUAGUUGGAGAGGGACGUGAAGCUAUGCUAACACGCGCACUGAGCGGAGCGCAGAACCUGCGUGUAAACUAUGAUCUUGUGGUCAAGGUGAAGGAGAAGGGGCCAAGUAUUGAAGCCCCGAAUUAA